GAGAAUGAGGCCAUCCAAGUAAGUUUUUGUGUUGGUAGUUACAUAUUUGAUAGUGGGUUUCAUAUUAGCCUCGAGUUUGGCUGAGUGACUUGGUGCGGUCGAGUGAGUGCAGGCUUGUAGCGACUGGCGAGCGUGGUUCUAAAGAUAAGAAUUCCCCAUUGCAGCCAUGACUUUAAACCUACUUUCUUCAUUCAAAGGUCUCUCUCUCGCCUCCUCUUCCUCCUUCUUCAAAGGCGAUUUCGGCUCCAUUCAUACCUCUCCUAAGCUCUCCGUUUCCUUCCCUAACAUAUUUCCUUUAACCAUUGAAAACGCCCACAAGAAAGGAGCUGGUAGCACCAAGAACGGUCGUGAUUCCAAGGGCCAGAGGCUCGGCGUUAAAAUCUUCGGUGAUCAAGUUGCCAAACCUGGUUCCAUUAUUGUUCGUCAGCGUGGGACUAAGUUCCAUGCCGGAAAAAAUGUAGGGCUUGGCAAGGACCAUACAAUUUUCUCAUUGAUUGAUGGACUUGUAAAGUUCGAGAAGUAUGGACCUGACAAGAAGAAGGUGAGUGUUUACCCAAGAGAAGUGCAGCCUGAGAAUCCAAACAGCUAUAGAGCAAGGAAGAGGGAAUACUUCAGGUUGCAAAGAGAGCGCAAGAAAGCAAGAAAGGAAGGCAUUAUUGCUCAACCCCAAUUACUCUUAGCUUCCACUGAUGAUGUUGAAACCAAUCCAGUUUGCUGAGUUCACUUCAAUCACUGCUUGUUUUAAAGCCCUGAUGAUCUUGAAGAUUGAAGGUCUGCUUCUUUAGCUUCUCCUUUUCUUUUUUUUUUUGUUUAUGCACAUAUAAUUUGUCAGAUUCUUCACAGGAAUGUGUUUCAUUAUUAUUCUCAAUUAGCAAUGUUCUACUUUUUGCCCCUA